ACUGCAAUACACGUGGUGUGUCGCAUGACCGCUCUGAAAGGGGGCUCUAUAAAACCAUGGACACGUCCCUGAUAAAACCAGCCAAGCAUGAAUUAUGCCCAAACAACAUGAGGGAACAUUAGAAAGUGCACGUGUAAUGAAGCAUGGUUGAUAAAUAUCGGUCGUCAAACCAUAGAGCUAGACGAGCCUGGCCUUAUUUCCUGGGUUAGCUGUAUAGGAAUGGGAUUUGAAAAUUCGGCUUGAUGAACACCAGACAGUCUUGCAGAUGAUCUUUCAUUUCACGUUUUAAUGAGGCAAUCCAUAGUCAAUAUGCCCAGAGUCAAGACUACAACGGAGCAAUUUGAUAUCCGCCACUGCUACGACUACUAAAGUUUCUGAAUGGUAAUUGACGAAGCCAGUGAUUACGUGAGUGGUAUCAGUGUCCUCUAAUCAUCUUAGCCAUCGCAGGUGUUCGGUAAAAUCGAAAGAUUAGAUAACGAAACAAAUCGGUAAGCCAACAGCUUAUUUCUUUGCUUUUUGAGGUGCAUGGAUAAACGACGUUGGCUCGAUACACAGCCAUGAAUGAGAGAUUAGGAGAUCGAUUUCGUAACAUAUUCGUGAUUAUUUUGGUGGUACUCUUCGGGUCGGGAUCAUGGUUGGCCAUCAAUGGAUUAUGGGUGGAACUGCCCCUCAUGGUAGCACUCGGAAUCCCGGAAGGAUACAAUCUUGCCUCCUACCUGGUCAUCAUCAUCCAGUUAGCGAACGUUGGACCUCUUUCGUUCACGGCCUUCAGCUACUUCGUGAAGGGAAACAAGCUUGAGAUCCCCACCAUAUACUUGAGUUUGUCAGCUGGAGUAUUUGCAUGUCUUCUUCUUGUAUUCUUCUGGAAUGCGACGACUGUUUGGGGAGUGUUUGGAGAACCACGCAGUACUGCUUUGAUAUGCCUGUCUUUCGUCCUAGCUCUGGUGAACUGCACAUCCUCGGUGACAUUCAUCCCGUUCAUGGUCAAACUGAAAAGCUCGUACAUGACAUGGUUUUUCGUUGGUCAGGGUUUUAGUGCAUUGGCACCAAGCUUGGUAGCCCUCGGGCAAGGCGUUGGCAAGCAGGUGUGCGUCGCCAAUUACACUUACCUCUCAACUGGCGACAAUUGCACAUCAUGGAUGUCGCAAACGCAACCGGCUAAAUUCCCACCAGAGACCUUCUUUUCGUUCCUCUGCGCAUCCAUGUUUCUGUCCUUCGCAGCCUUCCUUUUCCUGCACAUUCUUCCUUCUUCCAAGAAGGAGUACGCUCAGCAAGAUGCCGAGACACAGUCAUCCUCUGAAAAAUACAACGAGUCAAGGUCUAGCGAGACCAACUUCAACAAAGAGGACAGUACGGAAAAACAGAAGUCUUCAGACAGACUAGAAGAUGAAAAUUCUGAGCAACGCCAAGGCUAUUCUAAAGGAGAAUAUGCCAUUUUAUUUGUCAUUCUUGCCAUUACCAAUGCCUUAAGCAACAGUGUUCUUCCGUCCAUCCAGAGCUUUUCUUGUGGUGCCUACGGCUUCAAUGCUUAUCUUCUAGCGGCUACAUUGGGCCAGGUAGCCAAUCCUUUAGCUUGCUUCAUCGUCAUGUUCUUCCCACAGACGAGUCUGGUCUUGGUAGCAGGGACCUGUCUUUUAGGACUCCUGAUGGGAGGUUAUUGCAUGGCCACCGCUUUACUGAGUCCAGCUCCACCCCUACAGGAAGAGAUAUCAGGAGUCGCUCUUGUGGUGAUAGCUUGGAUCCUAGCAGGCGGUCUCUUUGCUCACGUGAAGGCGACCAUCGGGUUUAUCCUCCGUAACCAGCCCCAUAACCAUCGACUGCUGACAUGGUACGGUAUCGUCACCCAACUUGGCUCAUUGACAGGCGCCCUCAUCAUCUUUCCCUUUGUCAACGUCCUGUCUGCGUUUGUACCGUACUACAGCGAUCCCUGUCAAGGAUAUCCCAUCUGCGAGCCGUCAUAGCAUUUGAAUUGCUAUUGUGUUUGAGCAUUUCUGAGCAGCUAGGCUUUGGACGAUACCAAAGUUAGCAGUGCGGAAGAAGCGUCAUUGUUAUUGUCGAGUACAUAUAUGGUUUGAUGUGCUAUUUAAGGGCGUUCUUUGACCACAGUAGUGGCUUCAGAGUUCGGAAUGCAAAAAGGAACUGUCUAUGAUACAAAAUCAAGUUGACUUCAUGGGAAUAUGAUUAGACAAGCAACGUACAUUAGAAGUGAGAACAAAGCAUCAAUUUGGUAGACUUGUUACAUUUUGAUCAAAUGCCAAGGACUGAUGGGAGCUCACAACAUAUACGCGGUCUUUAUCUCUUUUUCCCCACUUUUUGAGAAGUUAAUUUGGAGUAACAAUGUGUGUUUUCUUAAAUUUUAGAAUGAACUUGGAAACCUCUCUGUGACAUUUCGGUGAUCAAUGAAACUCACAUUAUAGUUAUAUAAGUCAUGCUACAAGCGCGUAUCUUCAAUACACUGUAUUUUUUAAGAGAGCGAAUAGCUCAGGUAAAGAGCGGCAUAAUGAUGUCUUAUUACAAGGAGGUUAUCUUAAUUCGGGCACGUAAAUCAAUUCGACAGCAGUUAGACACAUCUGCGCAUUCUUCGAAACAAUUACAAAAUUAUUCGGCUGAACUAUUCUUUCGAGGCACUCUGGUCCAUAAUGGAUUGGCAAUUAACAUGCAAGGGUCCGUUGAAUAAGGACUUACAAUUCAUGCCAUUAUGGUAACUACCAUGGAAACCUUGAUUCUGAUUGGCUGCUGAGCCCUGUUACCAUGGUAGUUAUAGCACUGAGGCAAAGUCACAAUAGUUGUAGCUUUUUAUGAAACGGGUUCCAGAUUUGCUCAAGUUCGACUACCCAGCAAGGUAAAUAUUAAUUUAUUGAUAAGAUAUAUAUACAAAAUGGGACAUGGUAUGUAUAUUUAAUAUCGUGGCAUGUCAUCAAACAAACAAUAAUUUAGGUCCAUAAACAUUUCAUUGAACUGGUAUAUAUGAUUUCAAAGCUUAAUGUUAUUUGAGUCUCAUAGUAAUCGUCUUACUCUUUGUGAAAAUAAUGUAGAAAACAAUGACUGUAUUUCAUUACCUUUUUAGCUUUCCUCUAAAUGGAUUGAAAUUGAUAUAAUUUGUGCUUAUAUAAAAUGUCAUUAUUUCUAACCGAGGCUAUAAAUCACUGAAAGUUACUUUCCUCGUUUUCUCCGUGUAAUAGACGUCGGCGGGAGUUUCUUGUCAUAUAUAAUUAAGAAUAUUGAUGUGCAAAAUAUCUUCUGUGUGAGAAGAUGGACCCUGUUUGAAUAAUAAUCAUGCUUAUCACCCUUUUCAAUAUAAUCAUUGCCUCAGAAACUGUAACAUGAUUUUUUUAUGUCUUAGAUUGUGUAUACGUGAAUUGUCGUUUGUUUGUUAAAAUCACAGGAUGACUAGAAAUACAUAAAAACGUUUUAACAUCAUUUAUUCGAAUAAAAUAAAACAAUCUACUUUUAAAAAAUGGAGUCGAAUGAUUUGUUUUACCAGUCUGCCAAGGAAGAAUGAAUGCUGUAAGUAACCGGAGGACCGAACGCUUUAGGUCACCUCCGAGGGACUUAAAGGCAUAAGUUAACGUUAUAGACAUGUAAUUUAAAAAACCAAAGGAGAGAUGAAAUGUGUACAUGGGUGCCUUUCUAUCAACCUAAAAACUCUGAAACCAACAAAAAAAUCAAAAGAAAUGCUUUUGAUACGUUAUAAUUGAAGAUUUUGUGUAAUUUCUAUCGUGCCGAUAAUAAUAGAACACAUGAGUGGUAAGUGUAUGUGAUGAAAAUAAGAUCGUGUUUCCGGUCACUUUAUAUUUUACUAUUUUGAAGCACUAAAUAAUUAUUUUCGGACGCGAUUUUUCUUGGCUUCAAUUUUGUAACAUAUCACAGACACAGAUGACAAGAGGGACCUUGCAGCUCAGAUUUGUUUAAAGUCAAAUCAAUGUUAGCCUUCAAAAGUCCAUCUUUAAAAGUUAUUAAAUUUCAUUCGUUCAUAUCCAUUUUCAUUGUUUACAACGGGUUUCGUUCAUCUUGGUAUGCAGAUAAUUAUUUUAAGUAAUAAAACAUAUAGCAAAUUUCAAAGUACAAAAAUUAUAGUCAAAAUGAUUAUACAAACAGGUUGGAAAUGAAGGAGGCUGCUAAAAAAGCGGAGCGGAGCCUCCUAUAUAGUAUAGACCCCCACCCCCUCCCCCCCCCCAAAAAAAAAGACAACUUGAUCAUAAACCUAUUAAAAGUAUAUUUAGGGGGAAAAUGAAAAUAAGAGCAAAUGAAUAGGAGAGAGAUGAAAGGUCUCCAGAAUCUUGUCCUCAGCAAACACAACGAUUCUCACUGAUCGACAGGACAACGGAACGGAUUCAAAAAUGUACGUAAAGAAAUCCAUGCUAUAUCCGAAAGCAUGAUUGUUUGAGAGAUGAAGAGUCAAAUCAAUCAUUAAUAUAAUUUGGAGGAAGAGAUUGGGCUUGGGGAUUUAAAAAAAUUGUCAGGGUUCCUCGGGAAUUGUGACAAUUGAUGUUGAACAAAGUUAAGAUUAGUUAUUCAUUACCACUUACAUAGGAACUUUAUUUUUUGAUAAGUUAGGCCUAUACUGUGCAUAAGAUGAUUGAAUGCGGGAGCGGAGCGACCGCGCGAGAAAUUUUGCGUUUUUAGAAUGCAAAAUUAGGCUAAUUUAAGGACUCUGACUGCAUUCAAAGAUGACUCAACGCAUUAAAAAUAGUAUUAUUCAAUUGAAGAUUAAACAUUUGGUUGUCUUGAAAAGUGGGAGAUGAUUGUACAUGCCACCCUCCUCCGAAAAGUGGGGAUAUAUCCCCAUCCCCGGGAUUAACGUCCGUAACCCCCCCCCCCCCCCCCCUUGGGAAAAGAAAGCGACAGUUGUAAAUACAAUCAUCGCCCCUCUUCAUAUAUUGGACAAACUGAAUAUGAUUAAAUAACAAGAAUUCAUAUAACCUUUUCUUUUUCUAUGUUAAUCGUGGCAUUAAUAUUGACACGUUUCAAGAACUAUCUGAUAAGGCUUAUAGUUCACCAUGCUAAAUCAGGACAAUUUUAUUUAUCAGAAAUGAAUUUAAAUGGAAAAGAUUGGAUGGAAAUUGAAAGGCGAGGAAUGAAUCAAUGAAAGAGUAGGGUGAUGUUUCGUAAGAUAAUUAGAAGUCCUUCGAAUUAAAGAUAACGAUAAAAUGUGAUGACUUGGAGGAUAAGAAGAGUGGAUUUCAAUACGUCACAAAGAGCGCGAAAAGUACGCGCGUGCGCAAUAAAGCUUGGCAACGCGAUGACGUAAUAAGAUUUUAAGACAAUAAGAAUACUUGAAUUGUCAAUCUAUUAUAGCAAGAGUGUAAUUUAGAUCGUGAAAUUUAUAUGUAAUUUAAACUAGGCUCAGGGACAGAUUAAUAAAACUAGCAAAUAUUUCCAUGUUAUGGAAAUAAAGGGUUCACCUAAAUCUAUUAGCACAACCAGUCGAUUGUGCUAUCAGUAUAAUCCAAGUGAAAUACCACCAAAGUUUCAUUUUCAUCAGCUUCCCUCAAUCGAACUCGAGAAGGAAGCUAAACUCUCUCCAAGACAAUUUCCGAUCGAGCCCCAAGGACCGAAACGGCACUGGGAGGCUGGCUGGGAUCAGGGAAUGAGAUGCAACAUUAGGUAAAAUUUAUUUUCUGAAUAUCA